AUAAUGCAUUUCAUUCAAAUGGAUUUACGAUUUCUUCUAUUUGCCAGUUUAUUGAUUUAUUCAUAUGGAGGUCAACCUGGCAAAUCGCAUGGAAAUCAAAAUGUACAUGUGUAUGAAGGUGACGAUGCAUUAAUCACAUGUGUUGUAUGGGAUAACGAUGAUGGCACAGUAUUAUGGAAAUUGGGUGAUAAAAUUUUGACAGCAAAUAGCGAACGUGUGACACAUGAUAAAAGGAUAUCAGUAUUACAUGAUGAAAAAUCACCGGAAGAGAAAAAAUCGAAAGUACAAAAACCAGGUGGUGAUGUUUGGGUGCUUGUUAUUAAAAAUUCCAAGCCUUCAGAUUCAGGCUCAUAUGUAUGUGAGAAGAAUAGUGAAGAUAUCACACGAUCAUUUCAUCAGUUAAGUGUGUUAUCACGUGCCCUUCAGCCACCAAACAACACAACUGAUACAUUUACCUAUGAUCAAACAGUCAUUAAAGAUGAAACUACAUCAACAAUUGGCAGUAUACGUAAUCAUAAUUACACUGAUUGUUGUCUGAAUGCAAAUGUCUCCGAUCAAUGUUUAGGUUUUUGUAAUAUUGAUAGUAUAUUAGAUGGUACAACGGGACAAGAUCCGGAAAAUUGUGAAACAGACUUUCCAUCAAUUGUACGAUGUAUGGCUGAUUAUCGUAAUCAUGUACCAUGUUGUCAAGAACAAAAUAUUCCUGAUUUAUGUCAAGAUGUGUGCCGUGGUGAAUAUACUAUGAUAACAGAUAAUAUUAAAACACAUUUUUCAUGUUCAGCGUACACCGAACAAACGUUAACAUGUAUUGCGACUGGUAUUGAGUUGUUGCCAUCACCACCAGAACGGGUUGAAGUUGAAUCUAUAGCAGAAAAAGCAUUAAAAAUCACAUGGUCAUUACCAUUAUCAAAUGCUGACACAAUCACCGAAUAUCUUGUAAAUUUAACAUCAUUACGCAGCUUUGAUGCACACUUAAUUGACCCAUCUGAAACAAGUGUCACACCUAAAACAAAUACCAAAGAAUCAAUGCAUAUACAAAUUAAAGUACCAAAAUCAUCAAACUUUACUGUGAUCAAUGAUUUAAAACCAUUUACAAUGUAUGAAAUCACUGUAACAUCUUUAAAUAAACAUGGUUCAUCGUUACCAUCAUAUACAGUACGAGCAUUAACACAAACUCCCGGUAAAUUACGUCCAACAGUACCAAGUGGAAAAGCCCCAAAAUUACCAAAUACACGAGAGUGUUGUAUACGAAAAGGUAUUACACACGAUAAAUGUGUGGAUCGAUUAUGUGAUCCAAUUAAAGCCGCAGAAACUAAAGUAACUGAUGUUAUGAUUUGUGCGCCGUGGGCAAUUGAUUCGUUUCAAUGUUUGAUGAAUGGCAUUGAUCAUACGCCAUGUUGUAAGGAACGUGGAUUACCUGAAUUGUGUCAAUCGUUGUGUAAUGGAAAUAUUACUCAAUUGGAUCAUAGUUAUUUCAAAUGUAUAAAAUAUAUGGGAGAAUAUACAAAUUGUUUAUUACAAGGAUAUGGUGUUGUACCAAGUAAUCCAACCCGAGUACAUUUAACCAACAUUGCCACUGAUUAUGCAAUAUUACAUUGGAAUGCACCAAAAACAUUAGGUGAUACUGUGGAUCAUUAUAAUAUACAUAUACGAUUAUUUGAGGAUACAACACAAUAUGAUGAUGUAAUUGUUAGUGAUGAAUAUAUGACCAUACCAAAUGUACAUCCACCAUAUAUUUUGGAGAAUUUGCAAUCGGAUAGUGAUUACGAAGUUUACGUGGAAGCGGCAAAUGUACAUGGUGUUGGUGAACCAUCAUCACGACUUGUUUUCCGGACACAAAGUAAUAUUGUUGAAGAAAAAAUUGAAGAAGCAACAUUUUAUAAUGUAACAGCAUGUUGUGUGGAAAGUGGUUUGAGUGAAAUGUGUAUGCCAUUAUGUUCAUAUGAUGCAAAAAUGAGUGAUUUACGUUCAUUGGCUGGUGUAUGUGCCGCUGAAUUCCAUAAACUAUUGAAAUGCGGUGCUGGCGGUCGAAAUCAUGGUGGAUGUUGUUCACGACGUGGUGUACCAAAUUCAUGUUUAUCAUUAUGUUCAGGUGUUAUAUUGGAUUCGGUUUUAAAUACGGUUAGCACGUGUGUACCAUUUAUUGGAAAUAUUGUUCAAUGCUUUGAAGAAGGAGCAGGUAUUUUGCCAGGACCAAUAAAUGAAUUACAUGCUAUUGCAACCACAGAUUCAUCAGUUACAAUUGAAUGGACGUCACCAAAUGAUGGCAGUAAUGUUACGAAUUAUGUUGUACACUUCCAAAAAGUCGAUAAUACAUCAAUGCAUGAAACAUUACCAAAAUUAGAUCAGCAAAUCAAUACUACAGAUACUCAAAUCACCAUCCAUAAUUUGGAUAAAACAGCAUUGUACCACUUAUUUGUUGUAUCUCAAAACGAUCAUGGAACAUCAUUACCAUCUUCAAUUUUAGUUAUUAAUAUUACCAAAAUGGGAAUUGGAUCUCAAAUAAGUGGCGUAACAUCUCCGCCACAUUCUUUGGCUGUUUCAAGUCAUAGUGCCACAUGGGUAACAAUUACAUGGCAACCACCAGAAUUCAGCCAUCCUUCAGAGUUAAUCACAUACAGAGUACACCAUAAGUCAAGAUUGGAAAGUGCAUUCACCGUAGUAAAUACAACAGUAACGUCAUUUAUGCUAGACAAAUUACAUCCGAACACCCAAUACAUUGUAUUUGUAACAGCAAUUACAGAAAAAGGUCAAAGCUUAGAAUCAGAAACAUUAAUUGUAUGGACGGAUCCAGCCUAUCCUGCAUUUGUUGAGGCGCCAACUGUACAUCCAAUUAAUUUAGUCAUGGAAGGCAGUAGUAUGACAAUUCUUUGUAUUGCCAUGGGCACACCAUUACCAACGAUUUCCUUAUAUAUUUCUGGGCGAUUAGUCCGUCAAGAAACUACAAGACAUAUGGUUACUGUAAUUCAUAAUGUUACUAGAGAUAUGGAUCAAAUUUCUUGCUACGCUGAUAACGGAUAUGGUACACCGAUGCAAGCGUCUAGGAAAAUUACCAUCAGCUAUAUUCCACAUAUUCAAGCAUCAGGUAUAACACUAGCAACAAGGGGCGCUUCAGUGAAAUUAGAAUGUAAAGUGGAUUCAUUCCCAGCACCAAAAAUGCUUUUCUGGCGUGAUCCAGUUGGUAGAGUACCAGUAAUUCAAGGCGGACAUUAUGAUAUUAAAGUUUUAGCAGCAAAAGAUGAAGAUUCGAAAUAUAUUAUGCGUUUAACAAUCGAUAAAAUGACUGAUAUGGAUGAAGGUGAAUAUUUCUGUCAUGCUGAGAAUGCUUUUGGAAGUGCCACACAACCCGUUUCUGUACGCAUACGUAACACAGCGUCGUCUGCAAACUUAACACAAUGUUGCAUGGAACAAAACGUUACUAGCCCAUGUAUGGAUGCAUGUUCAUUCUUCUUGGAUAUCGAUGCAGUUAUUGAUAAACCAGAGUGUAUCAACGAUUUCGAUAAACUAAUGAAAUGUGCCGCUGAUGGAUCAGAUCAUAGAUCAUGUUGCGCGCAUUCGGAUGUACCUCGUAGAUGUUUGGAUUGGUGCCGUGGUGAACCCCUUGCAAACAGUAAAAUGUGUGUUGUAUCAUAUACCAAACAAAUUUUAUCAUGCUUCCAUGAAGGACGUGAUAAAUUACCAGGUCCACCACAAAAUGUCCACGUAAAUGUUGUCGAUUCCACUUCAGUAAGAAUUUCAUGGGAUCCACCAACGAAAAAUCCACAUACUGUAGAAAUGUAUCGUGUGAUUUGGAGAGUUGUAGACCAUCGUACUGCUUACAAAAAUGAUACAUCCAAUACCAGUUUAACUAUAUCCGGAUUAAAGGAUGGUGAACGGUAUGAAUGUGUUGUUAAAGCUGGCAAUACUCUUGGUACAUCCACAUUAACAGACCCGGUACAAUUUACCAUGGGUGAAAAAUAUGUGAUAUCAACAUCAAAUUUGAGUGAUGAUUCAUCAAGUUCUGGUGUUGUCAUUGCUGUGAUUUUAGCAUUAAUUGUUGUUGCUGCACUUGUUGUUGGCGCAGUUUGGUUUGUAAGGACCAAAAAAUUGAUUGGAUUAAAGAAUUUAGGCGGUGUUGCCUUCGAAAAUCCUAGUUAUUUACGUGAAGUUAAUAUGGACCAUAUACAGAUACCAUCUGGUCAACAAGAAACAAACGUAAGCAGUUCGAACGGUUCCAUUCCAAAUGGUUCAGUAGCAAAUGGAGUUGCUGUAUCACAAACAUCUGGUGGUCAUGGAUGGAAACAAGAAAGUUUGCAUGUGCCACAAGCAGCUCAAGAAGUAAAUCCAACAUUAUAUGAAGAAUUAAAAUUAGGAAGUGAUGGAGCUGGAUUUAAACGUUUGAAACCCUAGUGCCGAAUAUUAAGGGUCACGCUCACAUCGGAGUUUGAUCACUAUGUUGGUAACGAAUCCAAAUUUUAAGAAAAGAACGUUUUUAUUAUAUACAAAUCGCGAUUGAUGAACGAUUUAUUUUGUUUUUAGAAUUUGUGAUGUGUCGUAUAAUAAUUUUUUUGUAUCAUAAAAAAAAGACUUAGUUAAUUAGUGAUUAAUAAUAAUACAUGAAAAAAAGACAGAAAAUUAAAAAAAAAAUGUAAAUAGACUGAAGAAAACAAAACAUGACUACAUUCCAUUUGACUAUGAAUAUUUGUACAAAAAAAUAUUUGUAGUAAACGAAGGAUUGUAAAAUUGAAUAAGUUUGACAGUUAUUAAAAAUCCUUCUGGGCAUUUCUUUUUUCUUUGUAAUGUACAUCUAGUCAAACAGGUGACUAUAGAGUUAAUUUGGGUAUAAAGGCCAGAAUGUGAAAACAAUAUUAUAAUGUAAGAAAUAUUCAUGUUCUUAUAAGGUCCUUACAAAGUUUAUAUUAUCAAGGGUUUUCAAGUGAACCAAUUUAUUUUUGAUUUUGCAUAAUCCUUAAUUCUAAAAUCCUCAAGAAGUAUACAUUCACUGCUUAGCAGCUGAUUUGGGUGUUUCCCAAGUUACCCAGUAACAAUGGAAAAAAACACAAAUCAUGUUAGAAUCGAUGAAAACUUUUGCAAUUUAAACAUUGCAACCUCUGAUUUUAACUAUUAUUUCUACCACGAAUUGAUUAACAAAGGAUACUGUGCAAAUUAAUAUGGAAAAUGGCUUUUCGAUCAAAUCUCAUCUGAAUUUGGCAAAAUAUUCUUCUUAUUAUUCCCAAAAAAAGAUUUAAC